CUAAGUGUACCGCCUAACGCGGAGGUAGUGGUGGCUCGCCUCGAACUGAUACGCCUUCCUCGUCAUGGAUCUCAUUGUUGCCUCCCACAUCCACAUCGCCGGCCCGGACACAAAGAUGACGAAGAUUUGGAUCAUCCAAGACAGCACCUUCCGAAAGAAGUCCAAGGACAGAACCGGCGCAGGACCCAGUCGGGCACCAGGCCCCGCUCCCGCCAAGGCCUCAUUGCAGUCAAUAGCUGACACCCUAAAUCGGCUAACCCUCACAGUGGACGGCAUGGGGCAGUACAUGGAAAGGAUGGACUGGACGCUGCAACGACAACACCACGACAUGAGGGCGUUCUUCCGCAGCAUCAACUAUGUCCCGCCGCCCUUUGACACCACCUUCCUCGGCCAAAACUAUGAAGGCGAGGACGAGGAGGAUAACUCCUAUGCUCCAUCCUCCUCCCCCGACGUGGCCGACUUUGAGGACGCGGUCGACGGGGACCCCAAGGACGUCGAAGACAACGAGGAUGACGAUGACGCCGAGGACGAGGACGUCGAUGCCUAGACUCUUCCUUCUUUCCUUUCCCUACUUUGAUUGCAUUUUUUAUCUAUUUCAAUUCCGUUGUAUUCAGCAUAUUCUCCUCUUUUAAUGAAUAAAAGUUUACUUUUAAAUUCUAAAGUUCACUUUUAAUUCUUUUUGUUAAUGUCAAAAGGGGGAAGAUAUCAAGGUUAUGCAUAAAUUGAGGGGGAAUUU